AUGGUGGGUAAAAGAAAAGCACCGGAGGACGCAGAGAUCAGCGGCGAAGUGAUAGGCAUCGACCUAGGCACCACCUUCUCCUGCGUGGCCGUCGCUCGAAAGGGUCGCGCCGUCGAAAUCAUAGCCAACGACCAAGGCAACCGGACCACCCCUUCCUACGUCGCCUUCUCCCCCGCCGCCGCCGGCUCGGAACGUCUCAUCGGCGAAGCCGCCAAGAACCAGGCCACUCUCAACCCGCGCGGGACAAUCUUCGACGUCAAGCGACUCAUCGGGAAGAAAUUCGACGACCCAGAAGUCCAGAGAGAUCUAAAGUACUUGCCCUACCCCGUCGUGGAAAGAGAUGGGAAGCCUUGCGUCCAAGUUGAAGUCAACGGCGAGAUGAAAACCUUUACCCCGGAAGAAAUCAGCGCCAUGGUGCUGGGGAGGAUGAAGGAGACCGCGGAACUGUACCUUGGGAAGCAAGUAACCAACGCCGUGGUCACCGUCCCGGCCUACUUCAACGACUCCCAGCGGCGAGCCACCAAGGACGCCGGCGUUAUCGCCGGGCUCAACGUUUUGCGGAUAAUCAACGAGCCUACAGCCGGCGCCCUAGCCUAUGGUGUGAACCAAGAUCCCAACACGAAGAGGAACAUCGUGGUGUACGAUUUAGGUGGCGGGACGUUCGACGUCAGCGUUUUGGAGAUCGAGGACGGCAUAUUCCAGGUACUGGCCACCGGCGGAGACACGCAUCUCGGCGGUGGAGAUUUCGACCAGAGGGUGGUGGACUACUUUAUCGAUGUGAUAAAGAAGAGGUACGACAAGGAUGUCAGUGAAGAGCCGAAAGCGCUCGGGAAGCUGCGGAGGGAAUGUGAGAGGGCGAAAAGGGUAUUGAGCAGUCAGAUGCAGACUAGAGUAGAGGUUGACUCUUUGAUACAAGGGAUUGAUUUUUCCGAGCCCCUGACGAGGGCGAAAUUCGAGGAGUUGAAUUCGGAUCUUUUCGAGAGGACGAUGGAAGUGGUGAAUUCGACGCUGAAAGAUGCAAAGGUGGAGAAUAAGGAACAGAUUGACGAGAUAGUGUUGGUUGGAGGAAGCACAAGAAUUCCCAAAGUAAGGGAGAUGUUGAAGAAGAUGUUUGAUGGGAAGGAGCCGAGUAGAGGGAUCAACCCUGACGAAGCCGUGGCUUAUGGUGCUGCUAUCCUAGGAGCCAAUCUCACUACCGACCGACCUGGAGUUGGUAGUUUCGGGGCAAUUUUGUUCGAUGUCACUCCCUUGAGUUUGGGGAUCGGUACCCUAGGCGAUCUGAUGUCAGUAGUGGUGCCUAGAAAUACACCCAUUCCUACAAAGAAGUCACGCGGCAGGUACGUAACGAUUUCUGACCAGCAAACUUCUCAGGUUUUCAGGGUUUACCAAGGUGAAAGAAGCCUGACCAACGAUUGUCUUUUGCUCGGGAGAUUUAUGCUAACAGGCAUUACACCGGCUCCAAGGGGAGAUGUGCGUAUGGAGGUGACAUUCGAGGUUGAUGCGGAUGGAAUCCUAACCGUCACGGCCAAGGAGGAAGCCACCGGGAAUUCUAAGUCCCUCGCCAUCGACAACUACAAGAGGAAUUUGAGUUCGAGGGAGAUUGAGAGGAUGAUACGAGAGGCAAGGGAGAUGGCCGACCACGACAAGAAGGAGAAGGCUCGUGCUGAAGCGAGGAACCAAUUGGAACGGGACAUUUACGAUUUGAAGAAGACAGUGGCUGAGAGGCUUCAUAUCUAUGAUGGCGAUAAGGCGGAGGUGGAGAGGGUGCUGAGAGAAACUUCGGAAUGGUUUGAUGACAACAAGAUUAAUGCAUGCAUGCAAGAGUACGAGGACAGAAGUCGGAAGCUAAAAGACUUGUUGACCAAGCUUUCAGCAGAAUGA